AUGGGCUCCGAGGAAACACUGACUGAAACCAUCAUAGAAACAGUCACAUCGACUCUGGCCGAUGUGACAUCUGCCGCAACUGCAACUGCUACUGCUACUGCUACUGCUGAAGAUGAGUUUGUGCCUCCUGUUAUUUCUAUUUCCAUCACCACACCAUUACUCUACCUCGGGAUCCUGGUCUUGACAAUCAUAAUGUUCUCUGUCUAUCAUCGUCGCUCGAAGAUUCAGUCCUUGCAAAAGCUAUCCAGUGAUUCGUUGUUUUUCCCAACAUGCGACGUCGAAACAAAUCAGGAUUUAAUAACACCAGAUUCUGUCCCUGCUGUGCUGUACCACGACUUGAAAGGUAUCGAUGCACAUGAAAAAAUGUUGAAAGUAGCAUUGGUGAACCGUGCUGCCGAGUCCAUGCGCCGUAUAAUGAAAUUGAAGGAAACAGAACCAUCGAUUAUGGUGCUAUACACGCGUGGGUUGAUUGGCGAUGAUAGUUAUAAAAGAUACAAAAUACAAGCCAAAUUACAAGACCAAGAAAUGAUGCAAGUUGCACAAGAAGCAGAGUCCUUCAAACAGGGAUGGUCUAGGAUUAUAUUUGCCAAUGCGCAAGAGGUAAUGAUGAACCUGGCCUUAAGGAGAAGAAUUGCUGCUAUUGGCGAACGUAAAGAAACUUUUGAUCGUUUAGAAGUGAAGGGAGUGGAACCAAUCCUUGAGUCUAUUCAAAAGCGUGUCGCUUCUUUCAAGGCAAAAUAA